AACGACUUCGUAUCGAGUAUGAAGCAGCGCAAGCAGAAAAAUUCUCAAAACUCGACGAAAUUAUUGAUUUGAUGAAUAAAAAUUCAUCAGAUAUGGGAAUUACAUUAUUCAUGCCACAUGUAGCAAAAGAUGCAUUCAGAAAGACACUCGAGACCGCAAAAUGGCUCUCGCUCGUAAAUCGCGCUGGUAAAAUGAUCCAAAUUACACCUGACAUGAUGGAGACAUUAAAUUACAAUUUAGAAAAUCCGAUUGAUGAGAGAAUAUUGGAGGAGAUUUAUUAUAAAGAUAUUUUUGCAGUCCUUUGGUAUAUGGAUCCACGUACUCCUGUCACAGAUGUACUUAAAGAGUUUAUCAAGCGUGUAUCAGAACCGGUGGAAUAUGAAGUUGAAGGAGAAGAAAGUGUGUGGGAAACAAUUUUAGAUUCAUUAGUAAUUGACCCAAUUAAGUAUGAAGAAAGUGAACGUGUAAGCACUGAAUCUAUUGCCAUAACGAUUGAGGACAAAUCUGAAGCUACAUUGGCUCUGGAUAGUUUACAACCUUCAGCUGUAAUGCUGGCUAAAAAGAAAUCAAGUCAAUUGAGUCGAGUUAGCAAAAGACAGCCUUCAGUUAAAGAACAAUCGAUAAGACAGCCUUCGGUUAAAGAACAGUCCAUAAGAGAUUCAGUAAAGGAGCAGAAGUCAUCAUCUUUGUCACAGAUAGAGCUUAAUGAAGAGAUUGAAAGUGAAGGAUUUUUUGAAACUAUCGAGGAUGAUCUUGUCACUAUUCCACCAGUUUGGACACCAGCAAAUCAGUCUGGGAAUGCUAUAUUCAUGCAUCAAUUCUUCAGAGCACAAUUCGAGAGCUUUUUGCCACCUAUCAUUGAACCGGAACCGCCUCAUAUUUGCAUGAUUUUUCCCGCAAAAAUUCGCGACAAAGUUAUCGAGGUCUGUGAAGAACAUCCAAAAGGGUUAUUAGAUUGCGGAUUCUACGAAGGUGAAGAUUUUGACGACUUUAUACAAAUUUGUAAAUCAGUGAAAAGCUUUGAUAAACUGGAGCUGACAGGUAGAGAGAAAAUGAUACUAAAAGUAUCCAAAAAGACGAGUCACUUGGCACUUGAUCUUGUGAAUUUGAGUCCAUUGUAUGUCAGUCAUAAUGUAAGUGAGGGUCAAGAAGAAUGUUCAAUGUUGUUUAAAGAGGAACUACAAGACGAUGAACUACAAGACGAUGAACCGGAAAACUUUGAUACACAAGACGAUGAUUUACAGAGUGAUGAGCAGGUAGACGUGGAAUAUUAAAUUAUACAAAUUAAAACAAAAUAUUUUCGCGCCAUAAAAUUACAUAACUUUUUAUUUUAACAUUUUGUUAAAUGAGCUGGAAAAAAUUCAUCGGAAACAAGCUCACACAUUACUUUUUAACAGCA